AUGAUGUUUCAGGCUUUCUUCAGCUCUGCGAUGAUUAUUUACUUCUUAACACCAGGUAGUAACUGUGUCGAAAUCGUAGGGGGUAAAGAUGUCAGAUCUCAUUCCAGACCCUACAUGGCAUCACUCCAGAUUAAUAAUCAUCACAUUUGUGGAGGAACAUUAAUCAAGCCGGCAUGGAUAUUGACUGCAGCUCACUGCAACUUACAUUUUAAAUCUCAGAAGGUUAAGGCAGUCCUUGGAACAGAUUCACUGAGCAAAAAGGAAACAGCACAAAUUAUUACAGUGAAGCAGAAAUUUCCUCAUGUUUGCUAUGACAAACAAACCAAAGAAAAUGACAUCAUGCUGCUCCAACUACAGUCUGAGGCAGAACUUAACAAGUAUGUAAAUCUCCUUCCUCUGCCCAAAAAUUACUUGGAUGUGAAAAAUGGAACUGUCUGCUCAGUUGCCGGUUGGGGAUGGACAAGCAUAAAGUCAAAAAAGGGCUCUGACCAUCUUAAAGAAGUAAAUGUAACAACCAUAAACAGAUCAAAGUGCAACAGUCGACAGUAUUACAACGGCAAACCUUUAAUAACUAUGAGCAUGCUCUGUGCUGGUGACAAACGAGGUGGAAAAGAUGCAUGCAAAGGGGACUCAGGUGGACCAAUGAUAUGUAAGAAUGAGUUCCGAGGAAUUGUGUCUUUUGGGAAAAAGUGUGGACUUGCCAAAAAGCCUGGCGUUUAUACAAGGCUCACAAAGGAGUACAUUGAAUGGAUUCAAGAAAAAACAGCCUGA